AUGGAUAACAAAAAACGUUUUCCGGGUCUAAUCGAGCAUAAUAAAAACUCACCGUUGAAAAUACUGGACGUGCGAUCGAUAAAUGAGACACUGCCCACAUCCAGCUACACGCUACACAAGACAGAAGCAGCCGAAGAGUCGGAUGAUUCGUCUGGAAGUGAAAAAGAGUUGGUGAUUGACAUGGAGGACCCGGAACCCGAGCCGCCGGAUCAUGAGGAUGAGUUUUUCGUGCAACAAUUGGGCCUUGAAAUACCGCAUACAGUGAGCAAAAUCGAAUUAGCACCACCAUCAUCGUCAUCGCAACCGGCCGCAAAGAAUCGGACCAAUAGAAGAAAAAGUCAACACAUUCGGUUGGAGAAUGCGGACAUAAUGUUUGAGACACCGAUGGAUCCAGUAUUAGCGCCGGAACCAGAACCAGAACAAGAUGAGUUGCAAGAAGUCAUCGAAUCGAAUCGUUACAUUAUGCAGCACAUUGCACUGUUGCGUACAACGAUAAACCAUCUACUCCAGCAGCAUCAUCAAAGUACGAUCGCAUUUCCCAACAAAGUGAGUGAUUUCGAGACGGUGGAAUCAUGGAUGGAAAGCUACGAGCAGAUAAAGUACGAUACCUUGCCAGGAACUAGCCAGGCGAAAAUGAAAAAAUGA